AUGGUUAGAAAAGACGAUGUUUCCUGUAAUUGUAUAGUGGGUGAUGACAAAAAAACUGUGGUUUACGCGCUACGUAUCGGUAACGGCCCUGUCAUUCAGAAACCUUUUGAUGAAUAUGAUAGAUUUUUUCAGGAGGUAAAAGAUUUGCUGCCUGCAACUGUUGCAACUGCACCAAAGAAAAAGAUUUUUCAAGCUGAAACUAAGUUAUACGAAAAAAGAAGACAAUGGAUACAGGCUAUUUCUCAGCAUUUGAUCGAUUCACAUAUCCGAAACGAGGAGAUUCGACGAUUCUUUCACCUUGAAUCGAAUGAUUCUGACGAGGAAAAUAUGGUGGACUUGGGUCCCAGUGAAAGAAAAACCGCUUGCCCUCAAGAUUUCGACUUUUUGACGACGAUUGGAAAAGGAAGUUUUGGAAGAGUUUAUCAAGUCCGCCACAAGGAAACCAAAAAGUUGUAUGCUAUGAAAGUAUUGUCAAAGGAGCACAUAAGAAAGAAAAAUGAGGUGAAGCAUGUUAUGGCAGAAAGGAAUGUCUUAAUUAGCAACUUCCAUCAUCCAUUUUUGGUUUCGCUUCAUUUUUCUUUUCAGAAUAAGGAUAAACUAUAUUUUGUAUUAGAUCAUUUGAACGGAGGAGAACUAUUCUCCCAUUUGCAACGUGAAAAGCAUUUCAGCGAAUCCAGAAGUCGCUUUUACGCGGCUGAAAUUGCAUCUGCCCUUGGGUAUUUACACGAGAAAAACAUCAUUUACAGAGAUUUGAAACCAGAAAAUCUUCUGCUCGAUGCUCAAGGUUAUUUGGUGCUCACGGAUUUUGGAUUGUGUAAAGAGGAUAUGAUUGGAAGUAAAACGACAUCGACAUUUUGCGGAACUCCUGAGUAUCUGGCACCAGAAAUUAUUUUAAAAAAACCAUAUGACAAGACGGUUGAUUGGUGGUGUCUCGGAUCCGUUCUCUAUGAAAUGAUUUUCGGUCUACCUCCAUUUUAUUCCAAGGACCACAACGAAAUGUACGAUAAAAUCGUGAAUCAGCCAUUGAGAAUGAAGCAUACUAUUUCAGCACCAUGCAAUGAUUUGAUUACUGGGCUUCUUCAAAAAGACAGAUCAAAGAGAUUGGGUCAUAAAAACGAUUUUUUGGAUAUAAGAGAUCAUCAAUUUUUUGCUCCAAUAGAUUGGGAAAAGCUAUUAAAUCGAGAACUGAAAGCGCCAUUCAUUCCAAAAAUUAAGAAUCAAAUGGAUACAUCCAAUAUUUCAAAGGAAUUCAUGGAGAUUCAAAUCAACCCCGCGUCACUUGCCCCUCAACAUUUGGAGCCAACUCAUCAUGAUCAUGAUUUUGAGAAUUUCACAUACGUGGAUACAAUUAGAAAUUUCUCAUAA